CGCUUAUAUUCGCUUACUCGCCUGUUCACAACACCUCGCCGAGCGGCUGAACGGAGCUCCGUUGCCUCCUUCACCCGCCUUACCACCACACCCAGCCGCCAGCUUCAUACGUCGACAACACGCUUCGCCAUGUCAGAGUUCGCCCAGUAUACUGCCAAGAGCAAGGCUCCUAUAACAAAUGGUGACAAGCCAAUUGGCACCGCAUGGGGCAACGAGCGCAACCCCGCCGCCUUCGACUUCCGCUCCGAUGUGCACACCACACCAACCCUGUCUAUGCUGAAGGCGAUCCAAGAAUGCACGCUCCUCGACGAUGUAUCCAUGGAAGACCCGACAACGCUCGGCCUUGAGAAGUUCAUAGCCGAGCUGACAGGCAAGGAAGACGCCCUCCUCGUCCUCUCCGGUAGCAUGGGCAACCAAGUAGCCCUGCGCUCCCACCUCACCGCCCCGCCUCAAGCCAUUGUAUGCGACCGCCGCUCCCACAUCAUCCAGUACGAAGCAGGUGGUGUUGCCUCUCUCUCGCAGGCCCUCACACAACCUAUCGAUGCGAAGAACGAGACGUACAUAACACUCGAGGAAGUGCAGAAGUACGCCGUCAUUAGCGAUGAUGUUCAUGCCUGCCCGACCCGCGUCAUCUCUCUCGAAAACACACUCAAUGGCGCCAUCAUGCCGCUCUCCGAAGUCCGCCGCAUUGCCGCCUGGGGCCGCGAGAACGGCAUUAUAAUGCACAUGGACGGUGCGCGCUUGUGGGAAGCAGUAGCCGCCGGUGCAGGCACACUCAAGGAGUUCUGCGCAGAGAUGGACAGUCUGAGUUUGUGCUUCAGCAAAGGUCUUGGAGCGCCGAUUGGCAGCAUCAUCGUUGGCACGAAGCAGUUCAUCAAGCGGAGUCGCUGGAUCCGCAAGUCUAUUGGUGGCGGAUUGCGCCAGGCAGGUGUGGUAGCAGCGCCAGCGCGUGUCGCCGUUGAAGAGACCUUCCUCGGCGGCCGCCUCACAGAGUCCCACGAGAAGGCCAAGCGGAUACAGAAGAUUUGGACAGACCUCGGCGGCAAGCUGGACUACCCCGUUGAUUCGAAUAUGGUCUGGUUGAACCUCGAAGCGCACAACAUCGACGUCAACCACUUCAUUGAGACUGGAGAGAAGUACGGUGUGCGCACAAGAGGAGGGCGCUUUGUGGUGCACUACCAGAUCAGCGAGGAGUGUAUUGAUGCUUGUCGCAAAUUCUUUACAGAAGCCUUGACAGGUAAGGAAGGAGAGGGCAAGAAGGACGAGGCACCGCAUGACCCAGAAGAACUGAAGAUGAAAGGUAAGGGCGUGGAGUAGCAGUCUACCGCACUAGACAAUAUAAUUCGAGAAAACGAUCAAAACAUAUCUGUGGUCCAAUGAUCUGAUGACGGGAGAUAGGGCGCACUGGGGUUUGGCUCCUAUGAGUUACGAGGGAAAAUGAUCAAAGUGAAUUUAACUACCCGAUUUGGAUAUUGUCCCCGAG